GCGCUGAAAAAGGAGAAACUCGAUGAAGCUAUUGAUGCUCUCAACUCUUGGCAGCAAAUGUCAGAUCCGUCGUGGUUUCUGCUUAUGAGGAUGCAUAGUCGUGAGAUGAGCAAAGCUCUUACAACAACGUCAAAGGUCACAGAGGCUAUCCCCUCAGUCUCUGCUAUCCAAAAGGAUCUGAGAGAAGUCUCACUUGAAACUCUUAGUCAGACAUCAUCUGGAUUGUCGCUUCCUGCCAAGAACCUCUAUAAGAUGGACAUAUCCUGCAUUCCCUUCUCCGACUUAAAGAUUGCCAAGAGCGAAAGACCUGGGAGGAUCACCACCUACAUCCUGGACGAGCUCGGUACUCUCGACUUGGCUUCUUACCAGGAAAUGGAAAAGAACAUCCGAAACCUAGCUCGUCGGCUUCAGCACAAUGAGCCGCAGACAUUCGGUCUCCUUUGUUGCAAAGGAUUCGUCGCAGAGAAACUAGGCCCAAACCUCGGGAAGUUCACGAUAGUAUCCCGCAUGCCGCCUGGCCUACCGAGCGCUCAGAGUCUUCGACAGCGCUUAUUGCAGGGCAGCAAGCCCAGCACAUUAUCUCGAAGGUUCUCGAUCGCCCAGGAGUUAGCCAAGUCUGUCAGUUAUAUCCACGUCUUCAGCUUUGUCCACAAAAACAUUCGUCCCGAGACUAUCCUUGACUUUGACACUGAAGGAAAGGAUGGUGCGUCGGUUUUCCUCCUCGGUUUUGAAGAUUUUCGACAAGAGGAUGGAAGGACACGACGUCGCGGCGAUGAUGCCUUGGAAAGAAAUCUGUAUCGGCACCCUUCGCGGCAAGGUAUAGUCCUCAAGGAGGGGUUCCUCAUGCAGCACGACAUAUACAGCCUCGGCGUUUGUCUACUAGAGAUUGGCUUGUGGCAAAGCUUUGUCAACUACGAAGCUGGAGAGAACAAAACUCUGUCACCCAUAAUCGGUGUAUCUUCCGAUGCCUCCCAUGAUGAAGCAGCGGCUUUCCUCUUGACUUCGGUAAAAGACCGUUUUGUCAAGUUGGCUCAAACCGAACUCCGAGAAUGCAUGGGUACCCGAUAUUCCGAGAUAGUAGAGACCUGCCUCACUUGCUUAGAUCCAGGCAAC